AUGUCCUCAGACCACCCAGAAAUACCCACCCUCCACUCCAAAGCCGAGUAUCUCCGCGCCGUCAUGUACGAAGGCGUCACGAUCCUCGAAGGCACAGCGACUUGGUGCAAAAACUGCCACAUCAUCGCGCCCGAAGUCGCUAAGAUGGUGACUGAGUACCCAAAUGUCAAGUUCUACACGUAUGAUGUUGAAGAGUGUGAGGAUAUUGCGCAGGAAUUGGGGGUGAGGUCUAUGCCGACGUUUAGUGUGUUCAAGGAUGGGGAUAUUAUGGAGGGGGUUACGGGGGCGAAGCCGAAGGAGAUUAGGAAGGCGAUUGAGGGGUGUUUGUAG